AAAGAAUUCUGUGUGUUUGAUCAUCUUUUCUUCAAGACUAAACGCGCUUCUGCUUGAAUUAGUCUUGAAAAUAAGAAAAGAGACAUGGAGACAACAUAACCCCACAUUUGAAUUGUCAAGUUUUAAGCAGGAACAAAUAGUUAGCCAAAAAGGUACCGCAUCUCUGCAAAUGAAGAAAACAUCAAAAAGUCCCCACAUCCUUCAGUCGAGCCAAAGAAAACAGAUUCCUAGCGCCACUACUAAACACCAUGCCAAAACUCAAACUAAUCCUGUUUUCAACUAUUUCAAAAAGGUAGCUGGAGUUUUUACAAUUAUCUUUUUCCGGCGAAGAAAGGUGGCCGGAGCUGUAACUACAGGAACCACAAGAAAUAACACUCUAGUUGAAGGGGUUCCCUUUUCAAAUUCAACUGAUCUUUCAACAGGAAGCAACAGCAAGAGUUCAUCAAGAUUCAAGUUUUCUAGUUCCUAUGGCUCUUCCAGCAAAUCAAGUGGAAUAGUUGGAACAAUCAGUUUUUCCAUUGAAGAAAUUUAUAAAGCAACUGAAAAUUUCUCCCCAGCCAAUACGAUUGGUGAAGGUGGUUUUGGAACUGUAUACAAAGGGAAACUCAAGGAUGGAUCUCUUGUUGCUUUUAAGCGUGCUAAAAAGAACGAUAACGACAAGCGUUUGUCACUGGAAUUCAAGAAUGAGGUACUCACACUGUCUAAGAUUGGACACUUGAAUUUGGUGAGGUUAUAUGGAUGUGUAGAAUAUGGAGAUGAGAGGAUUAUUGUGGUUGAAUAUGUUGGAAAUGGAACUCUUCGAGAGCAUUUGGAUGGAAUUCGAGGAAAUGGACUAGAGAUUGCUGAACGUCUUGACAUUGCAAUUGAUGUAGCUCAUGCAAUUACCUAUCUUCACAUGUACACAGAUCCUCCAAUAAUCCAUAGAGACAUAAAAGCAUCAAACAUUCUUAUAACAGAAAAACUCCGGGCCAAAGUAGCAGAUUUUGGGUUUGCAAAAUUGACCACAGAAGAUCCUGGUGUCACUCAUAUUUCAACUCAAAUCAAAGGAACAACUGGUUAUUUGGAUCCUGAAUACCUGAGGACAUAUCAACUCACUGAAAAGAGUGAUGUCUAUUCUUUUGGUGUAUUGCUUGUUGAAUUGAUGACUGGAAGAUAUCCAAUUGAACCAAAAAGACCAAUAAAAGAGAGAGUAACAACAAGAUGGGCAAUGCAGAAGUUAAAGGAGAAGGAAGCAAUACUAGUUAUGGAUCCAAUGCUAAGGAGGACUCCUCUAUCAAACAUUGCAAUGGAGAAGGUACUUGAAUUAGCUAAACGAUGUGUUGCUGAUAUUAGACCAUCAAGGCCUUCCAUGAAAGAAUGUGGGGAGGUGCUAUGGAAAAUUCGAAAGGAUUUAAGAGAAAAAUCUCUAUCUUCUGCUUCUGCCUCUACUUCUCACCAGUCUGCAAAUUAUCCAUGGAGAGAUGCAAAGAAGAGCAGAGAAAAAACAUUUGGGAUUGAAGAGGGGGAGAGCUAUAAAUUCAUCUCUGCAUGAAACUGUGACUGCAUGUGAUCCUUAUGUACAUUUUUUUUCCCAUUGUUCUUUUGUUAUAAAAUUUCCUGCAGAAGUUGCAGUUUCCAAGAAUUCCUGCUAGAAAAGAGAAAUGGAAUAAGGAGAUGGAGAUCUCAGAUUUGAAUUAAGGAAUCAAUCUCUUAGUAUUUACAAGGGGGGAGAGAGUGCAUAUAUAAUGUAGAAAAGCCUUGUGGAAUGGGAAGCAUUAUGGUGUUCUUUUAGAUGUAAUGUUCACUUGAGCUGAAGAAAUCUAGAUUUGGGCAGAUAAUAGUUUGUUAGUGUUUGUAUUCUUUUUUUCGUUUUGGGUAUAAGCAGGAGGUCCUCCCUUUAGGCCAUAAAACCUAAAGGUUUUUUGCUCUCCCAGCAAAAUGCGUUUCCCGAUGCUUGAACCCGUGUUCUCACCUGAUAGAAAUUAAGAUUGUUUAUCACCCCAGUCAAUAAUGAUUGAUAUAUUUUUUUGGCACCA